AUGGAUAAAGGAAGGUACCAAAGGUUAGUUGGCAAACUCAUAUACCUCUCACAUACUCAUCUAGACAUUGCAUAUGCUGCAAGCGUAGUUAGCCAAUUCAUGCAUAACCCUAGUGAAGACCACAUGGAUGCGAUAAUCAGGAUACUAAGAUACUUGAAUUCCUCACCUGGGAAAGGACUUUUGUUUUCAAAGAAUGGUCAUUUAAGAAUUAAUGGCUAUACAGAUGCAAACUGGGCUGGAAAUAUCUCAGACAGAAGAUCUACUUCAGGUUAUUUUAUGUUUGUUUGUGGGAAUCUCAUUACAUGGAGAAGCAAGAAGCAAAAGGUGGUAGCACUUUCUAGCUCUGAAGCAGAAUUUCGUGGAAUGGCAAAAAAGCUGUGUGAACUACUCUGGAUCAAGAGACUACUUAUUGAACUAGGUUUUGCCUUUGCCUCAGAAAUGGAUCUUUUUUGUGACAACAAAGCUGCUAUUGCAAUAUCUUAA